UGUCGGAUAAUAAAAUGCAAUUUUAUUGAAUUAAUCACUCCAAUACCCCAAAUAACCAUCCAAUGUUCCAAAACCCCUUUAGACCACCCAACAUUACUUGAUACAAAAGAAUAGGCCUAGUCUUUAGGGAUUAGAAAAACAAAAUCUAAUACUUCUACUACUUUGGGCAAGUUGAUAAGAAAAUGGUGGGGUUAUGUAUUAUGUGGUCUAAAACAAAGCCUACACAAUCUAAGAGAUAAGAGAAGAAUCUAUAGACCACAAUUCUAUUGGUUCAUUUUUGACCUUACUAACAUCACAAACUCACAUCUAUAUGACUAUAUCCCUAAUUUCCUCUUCACAAACCUUCAACCCUAUUUGUUGAUCAUCCUUCCUUCUUUAUUUCCUUCCUUUCAUUCUCUCCCCCUUCAUUAGAUCUUCAAUGGCAGCAACAAUGGCAGCAAUGGCAGUACUCAAUGCAAAGUGCUUAACUCUCAACACCAACAAAACCACCAUUACAUCAUCAAAGCCCACUACAAAACCCAUCUCACUCUUACCAAUCCAAAACCUUCCUAAUGGGCUUGGAUCCUCCAAACUACCCACCAGCCCAAGCCCAAUAAUCACUGCUCCUGCUAUUGCUGGUGCCAUAUUUGCCACCUUGGGCUCAGUAGACCCGGCCUUAGCAGCCCAACAAAUAGCUGAUAUUGCAGCUGAUGAUAACCGUGGGCUGGCCCUUUUGCUGCCCAUAAUUCCAGCAAUUGGGUGGGUAUUGUAUAACAUCCUUCAACCAGCAUUAAACCAGUUGAACAGAAUGAAAAGUGAGAAGGGUUUUAUAGUUGGGCUUGGGCUUAGUGGGCUUACUGGAGCUGGGCUUUUGUUUACAGCCCAAGAGGCCCAAGCAGUAACUGAAGAGAUUGGUAGGAUUGCAGAGAGUAGUGCAGGAAGUGAUAAUAGAGGAACUUUAUUGUUGUUUGUGGUUUUGCCUGCAAUUGGAUGGGUGCUUUACAACAUCUUGCAGCCUGCUUUGAACCAACUUAACAGAAUGAGGUCUCAAUAAUUAAUUAAGUUUAGUAUUUAUUAUUAUUAUAAAUGAUAAAUGAUAAAUGAUGUGUGUUAUAUUACUAUUUUUAUUUUUGCUUUUGGAUAAUUGUGCUGGGAAAUUAUUUGUAAUAUUUUGUUUAUUUUCUAGCACUAUUAUGUUGAUUAACACUUUUUGCCAUGCUUAUUUGAGUAACUUUAUUCUCUAUAAUUUGGAA